AUGUCAAUAGUCGGGGUCCCUCUUUCUCAGACAUCAGUGGAGCGGCUGGACACCCAAUGGGGCCUCACACAGGGCCUCACGCAGGGCCUCCCACAGGGCCUCACGCAGGGCCUCACGCAGGGCCUCCCACAGGGCCUCACGCAGGGCCUCCCACAGGGCCUCACGCAGGGCCUCCCACAGGGCCUCAAGCAGGGCCUCCUACAGGGCCUCCCACAGGGCCUCACGCAGGGCCUCACGCAAGGCCUCACACAGGGCCUCCUACAGGGCCUCACACAGGGCCUCACACAGAGCUGUGAGCAGCUAACAGCUGACUUACAGAUGCUAGGUUUCAUGGCCUGGACUUGCUGGUUUCAGCCCCGAGAGAAUCCAGAGAAACCCCAGAGACAGGACACGGUCUGCAGCUGGUUUCAGCCCCGAGAGAAUCCAGAGAAACCCCAGAGACAGGACACGGUCUGCAGCUGGUUUCAGCCCCGAGAGAAUCCAGAGAAACCCCAGAGACAGGACACGGUCUGCAGCUGGUUUCAGCCCCGAGAGAAUCCAGAGAAACCCCAGAGACAGGACACGGUCUGCAGCUCCGGAGACACAUGGGACCAGGACGAGUCACUCCCUCUCCAGGACCAGGACGAGUCACUCCCUCUCCAGGACCAGGACGAGUCCCUCCCUCUCCAGGACCAGGACGAGUCACUCCCUCUCCAGGACCAGGACGAGUCACUCCCUCUCCAGGACCAGGACGAGUCACUCCCUCUCCAGGACCAGGACGAGUCACUCCCUCUCCAGGACCAGGACGAGUCACUCCCUCUCCAGGACCAGGACGAGUCACUCCCUCUCCAGGACCAGGACGAGUCACUCCCUCUCCAGGACCAGGACGAGUCCCUCCCUCCCCAGGACCAGGACGAGUCCCUCCCUCCCCAGGACCAGGACGAGUCCCUCCCUCUCCUCGUCCACUGGAACGAGCUUCAGCACCACAUCAUUUUCGGCUCAAGAAAAACUUCUGCUAAUUUAAAAUACAAGAGGUUUUGGAAACUGUGA